AAACUUCCACCAAUAAAAAAACGUUGUGACAGUGCCACACUUCAUCUCUGGCAUUUCUCACUUUCCCUUGACCACUGCGACUAGAGAUCCAGAAUCGAGAGCAUGGGGGAGCUAGAACCUGGUGAGAGUAGGAGCAGUCAACGGCUCGUGGGGAUUUUGUACGAUGAGCGGAUGUGUAAGCAUCACACUCCUGAUGAUGAUUAUCAUCCCGAGAACCCCAAUCGCAUCAAGGCCAUUUGGAGCAAACUCGUUGCCAACAACAUUCCUCAAAGGUGUGUUGUUUUGAAUGCCAAAGAAGCAGCAGAUCAAAAUCUACAAGCUGUUCACUCCAAGAAUCAUGUUAAUUUGAUUAGAAAUAUAAGCUCCAAAAAAUUUGAUUCUCGAAGAAAUAGAAUUGCUUCAAAAUUCAAUUCCAUAUACUUUAAUGAAGGAUCAUCAGAAGCUGCUUACCUUGCUGCUGGUUCUGUCAUAGAGGUUGCUGAGAAAGUAGCCAAAGGGGAAUUGCAUUCUGCUGCUGCUAUAGUUAGGCCUCCUGGACAUCAUGCUGAACAUGAUGAGGCGAUGGGAUUUUGUCUAUUCAAUAAUGUGGCUGUUGCAACAAGUUUUCUAUUAGAUGAAAGACCAGAAUUGGGUAUUAAAAAGAUUCUGAUUGUUGACUGGGAUGUUCAUCAUGGUAAUGGUACGCAAAAGAUGUUUUGGAAGGACCCUCGUGUCCUGUUCUUCUCUGUUCAUAGGCAUGAGUUUGGGUGCUUUUACCCUGCUAACGAUGAUGGUUUUUAUACUAUGAUUGGGGAAGGACCAGGUGCGGGAUAUAACAUAAAUGUUCCUUGGGAGAAUGGAAGAUGUGGGGAUGCAGACUAUCUUGCUGUUUGGGACCAUAUAUUGAUACCUGUUGCUAAGGACUUUGAUCCUGACAUGAUUAUAGUGUCUGCAGGAUUUGAUGCAGCCGUCGGUGAUCCUCUUGGCGGUUGUUGUGUCACACCAUAUGGAUAUUCAGUAUUGUUGAAAAAGUUAAUGGAUUUUGCCCAUGGUAAGAUUGUGUUGGCAUUAGAAGGAGGUUACAAUCUUGACUCCAUAGCAAAUUCAUUCCUUGCUUGCAUGGAAGUUUUGCUUGAAAGCAAGCCUUUCGCUGGAUCUUCAGAGGCCAAGCCAUUUGAGUCCACAUGGCGUGUGAUACAGGCGGUUCGUAAGAAAUUAAGUGCUUACUGGCCUGCACUUGCAGAAGAAAUACCCCUGGAGGUAACCAAUCCGAUAGCCUCCCCUCUUCCACAUCUUUUGAUCUCAAGCUUUGAUUACGAAGAUGAGGGUGACAAAACUCCAAAUACUGUGUCAGAAAAUACGGUGGCAGUUGUUCAGGAUAUUAUUGAACCUCUUUCAAGGCUGAAAGUUGAAGAUGGUCAUGAUCAAGCGGUAGCAAAGCCUAUUCCCUGGAGAUCAGAGCUUUCAAAGAUAGACAUUUGGUAUGCUACUUUUGGAUCAAAUAUGUUGAAACGAAGGUUCCUUUGCUAUAUUCAAGGUGGUCAGGUCGAUGGUAUGAAGGAGCCAUGCUCUGGUUCAAUGGAUAGAAACCCUCCAAAAGAUAUUUUGUGGAAAAUUUUCUCCCACAGAUUGUUCUUUGGCCGUGAAUCUUCACGUACAUGGGGUCCUGGCGGCGUUGCUUUCCUUCAUCCUGAAAGUAGUGUCGGUGAAAAAGCUUACAUGUGCUUGUAUAGAAUAACGCUGGAGCAGUUCAAUGAUGUUUUGUUUCAAGAAAAUGGUUCAAGUUAUGAGAUGGGUUCUCCGGCAUUUGAUUUGGCAGAUCUACAGACAGUCACAAACCAAGGGUCCAUUUCUUUGGAGGUUUUUAAGAGUGGUUGGUACCAUAAUGUAGUUUACUUGGGAAAGGAGCAGGAUAUUCCUAUUCUGACCAUGACCUGCUCACUUUCAACUUUUGUGAGCUUUAAAUCAGGGAAACUUCCCCUGCGUGGUCCUUGCAAAGAAUACGCCAACAUCUUAGUCCAAGGGCUGAUGGAAGGACAGCUCUCAGAAGAGGAGGCCAUUGCCUACUUAGAAGAAGCCUCUUCUAGACCACUAUGAUGGCAACUGUCUAGUUUUCACAUUUAUUCUCGUAAAUGUUUCAAACUAGUAGCUUUGAUUGCACAUUAAAAGCAAAUCUUGCUCAUCCGAUAGCUUCAGAAACCAAAAGGUUGUGGCAAAUUAAGGUCCAUUUGUAUUGCAAUCAAGUGUUGAGGGUGCAGCAGUGAGUGCAAAUUUACAUACAAUAUAUCGCAUCGUUUUCAGAACUAACAUGGAUUUGUAUUUGCUAAAGCCUGCGAUCCCAUGAGAUGGUUUUGUUUUUAUUAUUAUUAUUUUAAUCUACAAUUGAUGGUGCAUA